AUUUAUAAUACAAUGCCAAAAGACAGCAGCAAUUUGUGCAUUCCGGGGUCGACCUGUAGAACACAUAUAAUAUAAGAGAAUGGGUCGCCGGUGGAUUGGGUUCUUGAUAGUUUUGCUGCCUUUACUGGACAGCACAGCCGCUGCAACAAAGUUUACAGUUGGAGAUGGUAUCGGUUGGGCAGUUCCUUCCAACGCUUCCUUCUACGACGAGUGGGCUAGCGAUAAAACUUUCCAGGUUGGUGAUUCCAUAGUAUUCAACUGGUCGGAGGUACACAACGUAUUAGAGGUAACAUCGAAGUCUGAAUACGAUAACUGCACAACAACAAAUGGAAUACUCAGGCAAACUAGUCCUGUAACUAUCGAUCUGACAGCAAACUCUACUCUCUACUUCAUCUGCACCGUUGGACAACACUGCGCACUGGGUCAGAAGGUAACAAUCAAAGUUGGAAAUGGAAUAUCAUCUCCAUCACCAUCAUCGCCAUCAAAUUCUGCAAAUCCUUCCUGCAGCGCUACUGCCUUGUUUACAGUUCUCACUGCUGCUGUCAUAUAUUUCCUGCGUUCCCUUGCUUAAAUGUCUCGAUAAAAGCCAGAAAUUAUUUCAGUGCAUUCGGUAUUAUUGUCUUGUAAAUUGGAAUUAUAUAGUACCGUAAUUUCGUUUAUGUAGACUAUUUCUGCUGCAGGUUGUAGCUUAUUCUAGAGUGAGAAAUGUGUCAGCUUGUGAUGUUACAGUAAUCUGCAUCAUUAAUUCUAUGUAGUAGGAAUUAUAUAGCUUUCCUGAA